AAUAUUGUCCAGCACCCUGAAUGCUGAUGUAGCCCUCACAGAUGUGUAUGUUGAUGUCAACCCACUUGGUAAAGUAAAGUCUCAUAAAAAAGGCAAUGAAGUUCAACAAAGGCACGCAGAACCGGAGAUAAUGAAGAAGAGUGUCAUAUCGGAUGAUUAUGAGAAACAGAAUACUAUACAGACCACACAUGUUAGUGUACGACAACAAAAGAAAGAAAGACGGCUUGAACGAGAGAAAACAAAGGGAAGUAAAUGGUUCAACAUGCCGGCAACAGAGUUAACUGAGGAGAGAAAGUACGAUCUUGCAGUGUUACAGAUGAGAAAAGUGCUUGAUCCUAAACGUUUCUAUAAGUCACAUGAUCUUAAGGCAGUACCCAAAUACUUCCAGUUUGGAGAAGUAGUUGAAGAUGCAACAGAUUUCUACAGUUCAAGAAUUCCUAAGAAACAGAGAAAGUCAACCGUGGUGGAAGAACUAUUAGCUGAUGCUGAAUUUAGAAAGUUUAACAAGAGAAAGUAUGAAGAGGUUCAAGAAGCUAAGAGACAUGGUAAAGGUCCAUACAAACAUAUGAAACGACUGAAGAAGAGGAAGAAGUGAAGAUAAAAAUUAUAAAACUGUUUGGUUAAAAACUGCUGACUCAUGAUGAAUUAUAGCAGUAUAUAUAUAUAUAUAUUAAGAUUGUCUGUUUCAAAGAAAAAGUUGAGCUUGUAAGAUCACAGCUGUGCUGUUUAAGUCAUUGUCAUUGUGCGAAAACUUUAAUAUAGUCCCUUAUUUAAAUAUUUAAAAAGGUAUUAACAUGAAACUUGGAAUACUUGAUUAUCAUGACAAGACACAGGGAUAAUUCUGACAACAAUAUUUUUGUGGUAUGCCCCUUUUUCAGUGAAUUCAUUGUUUAAAAAAAAGUAAAUGAAGAUGUGAACAAAAAUGGUAAGAGAAACUUAACUUUAAUUUGCGAUGGGGGAGCGGUUGUGAACACAAUUUAGCAAUUGAUUAAAUAUCUGUAAAUUUUUAAAAGAAAAAUUCUCACGUAUUCUGUAAAACCCAAUUCUUGUUUUUAUUCUGUGAUUAAGUACCUGAUACCUACUGUUCAGAAUUAAAAUUUAAAAUCUGAUAGAUUGAGAAAGGGUUCAAAAAAAUACAUAGAGGUGUCUUACAGUUUGCAAUCUAGGUCAAGGUCAUUGUGAUCUUAAAUUGAAAUUAACAUAGCAUAAAACAUACUUCUUUAUGUAUAUUAUUCUGUUAAUAUACAUAUGUAGUACAAUGUAUGUAUUUAUGUAUAUUUCUCUGAAUAAAUCAAUACCAUCUUUCA